UUGAACUCGGUUUCCCAGGAUGCUUUGCUUUAUUGUCUCGUUGCUCGGGUGAUAUAUGAGAGAGAGAGAGAGAGAGAGAGAGAGAAGGAAAGAAAGCAAGCAGGCGCUCUCUACUGACAGAGGAGGAGAACAGAAAUCCCAACGGCGCAGCAGCGGCUGGAGAUAACGUCAGGAUGAAAAUAAACAAUAUGUCGCACCGUCUCCGUGUUUGGAAACACACUCUUACGCCGUGAAUACUGAAGGGAAAAAAGUUGAGGGAACAAAGGUGGAGAAGUGAAGAAGAAAAAAGGAAUGUGGUGAAGAUGAGAAGGAGCAACAAAGAAGGUGGAGGAGGGAAGGAAAAAAAGGAAAUGGAGAGGUGAAACAACAGAAAAGGAGGUGGAGAAGUGACUGAAAAGGAGGUGAAGUGAUGGAGUAAAUAAGGAGGUGGAGAAGUGAAGGGGCAAAGCAAGAAAAGUAGAGGAGUGAAAAAGGUUCAAAAGAGAAGGAAAAGGGAGGUGGAGAAGCAAAGAAAUAAAAGAAGGUGGAGAGGUGAAGAAGCAAAAAAGGAGGUCGAGAAGUGAAGGAGCCAAAAAAAUUAGGUGGAGUGAAAGAAUGAAAAAGGUGGAGAGAUGAAGGAGUAAAAAAAGGAGGUGGUGAGUUGAGGGAGCAAAACUUAAGGAGGAAAGAAGAGGAAAAAUAAGUGGAAAAGUGAAGAGGCAAAAAGGAGGCAAAGAGGUGAAGGAGGAAAGUGAGGAGGUAAAAAGGAGGCAAAGAGGUAAAAAGGAGGCAAAGAGGUGAAUGAGGAAAGUGAGGAGGUAAAAAGGAGGCAAAGAGGUGAAGGAGGAAAGUGAGGAGGUAAAAAGGAGGCAAAGAGGUGAAGGAGGAAAGUGAAGAGGUAAAAAGGAGGCAAAGAGGUGAAGGAGGAAAGUGAAGAGGUAAAAAGGAGGUAGAGAGGUGAAGGAGGAAAGUGAGGAGGUAAAAAGGAGGCAGAGAGGUGAAGGAGGAAAGUGAAGAGCUGGAAAUCGAGGCAGAGAGGUAGAAAGGAAAGCAGUGUAGCUGGAGAGUUCUGGGGCUUGUACGUCCUGUAAGUGGGUGGCAGGUUGCAUUUUCCUCCAUCAGAUGAGAACAGCAUCAGAUCAAACCAGACACCAGCAUCAGCGCUUUAACAUUUCAGCUACUUCACAAAUGCUUCCUAAGGGAGCGAGUGAGUCCAAGAGUUCAGCGUUUCAGACUUACGCUUUGGUGGGCGUGUGUGAUUGUGUGUGUGCUUGUGUGUGAGUGUGUAUGUGUGUGAGCUGGGCAUCAUGGCCUCAGAGAAUGUGACCUUGGAGAAUCAGCUUCACAGUGCGCAGAAGAACCUGCUGUUCCUGCAGCAAGACCACGCCAACACGCUGAAGGGCCUCCAUGCGGAAAUACGCCGUCUGCAGCAGCACUGCACUGAUCUGACGUAUGAGCUGACGUGCCGGAGUUCUGAUCCGAACGACGAUGGUGAAGCACGUUGCAGAGAGCUACAGCGUCGCUGUGAGGAGCUGGAGGAGCAGCUGAAGGCCAAAGAGCAGGAGAACAGCGAGCUGCUGCGUGAGCUUGAGCAGAAGAACGCCAUGAUCUCGGUGCUGGAGAACACGAUCCGCGAGCGUGAAAAGAAGUACCUGGACGAGCUGAAGCUCAAGAGCCACCGGCUGGCCGUGUUAUCCGGGGAGCUGGAGCAGCGAGCCGGCACCAUCGCCUUCCUCACGGCGCAGCUCCACGCCACCAAGAAGCGCCUUCUAGAGGGCGGAGCCGCCUUCAAACCGUCCCCGCCAACUGAGCCUCGGCUCGACUCGCCUACCAACGGAGCCGGCAAGCAGCCGGACACACCACGCAGGCGCAUGCGCAAGAGCCUGUCACAGCCGCUGCACUGCGAGUACACAGAGCUCUACAGGGUGGGCGCGGCCGACGGUCGAAGAAUCGUCCUUAGAGACGCCACAGGAACGAUGCCCGACCCCGCACCGUUCCUGCAGGCCCGAGACACGCCCACUAACGCCGACGCACAGCCAGUGCUACGCGAACGACCCCCUGUAAUCCCACCCAUCGCGUCCGCAACAAGCCCCGCUCAUGCUCCUGUGCCUCCAAGCCCCAGGCAGCAACGAGGCUCCGCCCACAUCGGCGUGGCACACAGGAUUCAUCACCCACCUGCAGAAGUGGAGACACUCGCUGUGGAUCAGGUUAGCGGAGAGAAGGUGGUGCGUAAACCAUCAGGCACUGACAGAACUGUUUAACACACACACACACACACACACACAUCAACAGUGUCUUACACUCACACUGAUUACAGCCAAUACAGUAUGAGCAGGACUGAAAAGAAAACCACGCAAACGCACACACUCAAACACACAUACACAAGCAGUCUAUAGAAAUCACACUAUAUAUCUCUCAAUACUAUAACACUGGAAUAAUUAAUAUAGCCACACAAACACAGCCUGAACAAAGCAGUUAAAACACUGGAUGACACACACUGGGACAUACUCUAGCUUCACGGGAUGGUGGCGUAAACAAGAGAACGGAUGUGUGCUGCUAAUAAGACUUAACGGGACGGGAGAAAAGCAUCGGCCUCUGUAUAGCCUGCUGUUUAUGCAAAACUGCGACAAGCAAGAACAAGAGGAUUUUUUCAUGUUCAGUAUCACAUCUUUUUUGGACAUCGGUUGGAAACGAGUGUACGCAUGCCAAAUGUUUCACUUUCCUUACCUCAUUUACACGUUAUAGAUUUGCUUUCUGUCAUCAUCUGGCUUGCGUUUUGUUUUUUUUUUGUCUUAAAACAAGCUCAGUAUAAACAGCCAAAUCUUGUCAUCGCCUUUCAUUAUAGAUGCAUAUUUAUUGAUGCGCACUGCAGUAGUAAAGCAGGUUUGCACUGUCCUUCUGCCUGGUCUGUACAGGUCGCUCACAUUACUGUAGAAUCCUGCUGCUUUCCCAAACUGUAACACAUAAAGCAAGUGAUAAAACAAA